AUGAUGUGGUAUUCACUGUUCCUACUUAGUGUCAUUGAAUGUGUAUUCACUCUUCCAAAUACCAACGAGUCAGCACCGGAAAUUCACCUAAUAUCAGCACCCGUGGGUGAUCGUGUUGUUCUUUCGUGUGGGAAUGUGAACAAUAUUCAUCGUAUUUAUGAAUGGUUAGAAAACGGAAGGCCAUUGGAAAUGACUGGGGACAACCUCACUCUUCAUUUGAAUGGGAGUCUUGACUUUCGUCUUCGAAUGGAGAAUGCGGAUAGAAUUGUAACCUGUCGGUCGUACAAUUCUUUUCCAAAUGGUACUCAAGACUCCUUACUUGAAUAUUCAUAUGGUUUCGUACCAAUCGUCAAAGCAUUUUUGGCUGAAACAGUGCAUAAUGUAACUGUAGAUUGGGGUGCUACAUACAGAUUUCCGUGUGUUUUUGGAGGAACCAAUCCGAGGAAAGAUAUAAUGAUGCUAAAUGGUGCAGUUGUUACUGAAAUGGAACAUAACAUCACUGAAGAUUCAGUUGUGGAGUGCAAAGUUCAAAAUAAUCUCAGCACAGUACACGAUGUCGCUUAUAUCAAAGUUCGCCCUGAUUCUAAAACAUGGAUUAUUAAACAUGGAACUUCUGACCGACAGUCCCAGUGUCAGUUAUACUCAUCUGUUUUACCUAAAUCCUCUAUAUGUUACCCAUUCAUAGAAAAUAUUGCCAAUGAGUAUAAGGAUCCGUAUUUAAUCUCUCGAUCUCGUAUGUAUUCUAGCGAACUCAGUAAUCAAGCUAUUGAGAAUCUGUUUAACAGCUGGGAUAAAUUGUUUUCAUCGUCAUCAACAUCGAUGUAUUUAUCAGAAACUAAUGCAAACUUUAGUGAUUUAUUGAAUUCAUCCAACACAGAAUCAAAUAUGGCUAUGAGUACAGAGAAUUUACCAAGUGCAUCGUGGACAUGUAUUAAUUGGGCGAAACAUUUAACCUGUGCUAUGUCUUAUCCUCGAUGUGAAAUCCAUGGCCCAGACACAGUGUCUCAAUCAUUCCUUGUCAAUGCUUAUACUGAAUAUCCUGUUUGUGCAAAACAUUGCCUAGCUGUCGCAAGCCUCUUUUGCUAUUCCCCAUUGAAUAUGUCUAAUAAUUCAGCUUUGGAUGGACUAAUCCACCAUAUCCUUCAAAAUGAAUCAUCAACACCUCAGUAUAUAAGGACUGGAUGGUCAGAACUCAUUAGUGUACCCGAAGCUAAAAAUCCAAACCUUCUGAUUCGUUUUUCUGAUUUGGUGGCUAAUGGGACAUCAAUGUAUUCGUUUCCAAUGUGUUCAUCUGGCGAUGGUUAUACUACAUCCUCCACAUCUUUUACAAAAAGUUUAUGCACACGAUUACCACUGGAAAAGAGAUUUCCAACAAGCUAUACGGAACAAAUUCAAAAAAUUGACAAUCGACAAGACUUGGACUGUAUCGUUGGAAAUGGUGAAAAUUACAUCGGCUCUGCUACAGUGCCAGGAUGCGUACCAUGGGCUAAUUUGAAAUUUCAGGAAGAUGAUAAUAUGCGAAAUCUGCCAUCUAAUGUUUGGCCAGGCUUAUAUGCAUUAAAUAGCUUCACCUUUCCUCAUAGUUUGGGCUAUGCAGCUAGUUCAUCUGCUGUUUGCAGAAAUCCAUCCGGUCUAGCCUCAAAACCAUUUUGUUUAAGUCAAAGGAAAAACGAAGACAAUUAUCUAAACCCAUUUGAAGAGAUUCAGUCUAAUCCUUACGAGAAAUGGUUUCUCAUUCUUUGUCAUGAGAUUCCUCAAUGUUUGAAAACGAAUCCUAGCGAAGCCAAUCAUAACUGGACGUCUGCUGCUGGAUCAGAUGGAGAGUUGAGAAAAACGAAAGUCCAGUUAGAGAAGAUUGUUGCCUAUUCAGUUGUUGGAUUUAUUAUUGGUAUAUUGAUCCUCAUUAGUGGCGUAUUAUGGUUGACAAAUCGGUGUGAUAAAAAAGUUUCGAAUUCAGAUUUGAACCUUCCCCAGUUAACUUUUGGAGAGUCUUCUGGUGAAGGAGAUAAGAACAGUUUCAAUGAAAGUGAUCAGGUGAGAAAGGGAUUUUCUCAACGUUCGAAUGGUUCUUCAGGUGGUGCAGAGGAAAAACGCUUAGAAAGACGAAGGCGAUUACUCAAUCGACGUCGUAGACUUCGUCAGCUUAAUCCAUGUUUACGUUGUAUUUUGGGAUUAUAUUAUUUAUUUGCUGAUUUUAUACAGUCGGCAAGUACGUACAACCAGCCUCAUUCUGUUUUCAACAUAAUGCAUUCCCCAGUUGACAGAAAUUCAUCUCCAGUACGUGUUGAAACUGCUGCAACUAACGUAGCUUAUUUACGCACUUGUUUCUGCUUACCCCGCUUUCGUGAAAGGGUUAAAUGCGAAUCUAUGAGAAUGAAUCAAUCUACUUCGAGCUGUGCAAGACCUAGUAAAUGUGUUAUUGAUGAGGAAUUUGAGGCGAACACGUUAGGAAUGAGUAUGGGUAAAUCAGGAGUUUGUGUGACUAACGUACCUGAGGUUUUCUCCCCACCCGGUGCUAUUGAAUCUUCGUCAAAUAUUUGUGUCACAUGUGGAGUUUCUCGUAAUAUCUUACUUAAUAUGUGUUCAUCUUGUCGUAACAGUCAACAAAAUGCAACAGCUAUAAAAGAUACUUCUCUUACUGUUAGUUCUAAUUCCGAUUGUGAUAAUUCAGAGCGUAAUCCAUCCCUUACUUUGGUUGAUUCAUCUAUACAAUCGCUUUCAUCUGCUUCAGUUAGUUUGGGUACUACAAUAUUCCCAGACAAGUUGUUUAAUAUGGCUUCAAUGGUACACUUGUUACACCCAAAGUUGAAGUUAUUGUGUUAUCCUCGUAGUCGUCUUACCGAAUUACGCUGUUUGGCUAAACGGGCUUUUGGUUGGAUCAUCUUAGUGCGCGCUCCAAAUUUGGAUAAAUUAAUUAACAGAAGACACUUAAUGGCUACCACAACUUCUGAAAAACCCGAUCUUAAUUUAAGCAUCGCAUCCGAUAGUAGUAUUGAUGAUCAGGGAAUUUCAGACGCAUCAGAUAAGAUUGCCGUGAUUAAAAUGAUUCAACGUGGUAUCAACUUAGAUGCAGAGGCUAAUUUUCUUCGUGAAGCGGAAAUACUUGUGGAAUUGCAGCAUAGAAAUAUUAUCCAACUACUUGGCGUUUGUAUUCCUCUGGAUCCACUUUCGUUUCUUAUUGAAUAUAUGCCUUAUGGAGAUUUAAAUUCAUUUUUGCGCAAAUACGCAAACGGAGUGUUGCUUGGUACAAGUACGGUCAAUGGAGAAUUAUCAAAUGCAUACAAUUUGACAGUAAUACAGACUGCUGCAUUUUACAAGCAAUCCCAUGAACAAUAUACUGGUGAACUGACUAUUAAAACUCUUAUUGAAAUGAUUAUUGAUGCUUGUGAAGCUAUGGUUUACUUGAGUGAGGCGUAUUAUGUACACAGGGAUGUGGCUACGAGAAGCUUUCUUGUUGGAAAUAAACUGAUUGUUAAAUUAUCAGAUUUUUCACUGUGUAGACCAGUUGAACCUGAUGUUGAUUUUGUCUCAACUUCGAAUGAAUCUCUACCGAUAAAGUGGUUACCGACUGAAUCUAUUCUCAAUGGGCGAUUUCAUUUGGAUACUGAUGUUUGGUCGUAUGGUGUUCUCUUGUGGGAAGUGUUUAGUUUUGCAGCUGAACCUUUCGCUGAGAAAAGCUACGAAGAAGUUGUCAGCAUUUUGGAACGUGGUGAUCGUUUGGCAUGUCCAUCUCAUUGCCCGAAAUCUGUUUAUCACUUGAUGAUGAAAUGUUGGUCUUCUAAACGUCGUGAACGCCCUAAAUUCACUCAGAUUUUAAGUUGUUUAAAAGACAUUUUGAAUAAUCUUUCAUCAGCUGAAGUCAAUAAGAAUUUAUGAUACUAUUCAACUUCAUCAUUAUCCAAAAUUUUUUAAAAUUUUAUCUAGAAAACAAUCAAGAUUAUUCACGCUAUUAUGCUUCUAUUCUACUCAUGAACUCUUCCUAGCCAUAGUUACUGCGCAUUAUAAAUUGAAUGAUUAACAUAAUAUUAUGUUACUGUACACCAACUUUAUAUUUUUCUAAACGUUUUAAUAAAAGGAAUUUUUUAAUUUCACUUUCAA